AUUACCAUACGGGGCGGUAUAAAGGGCCGGGCGCCGGGCCCUUCCUUCUCACCUCCUCACUGCACGGCGGAGCUGAGUUAGGUCAGGGACCCCUCGGGAUCACAAUUUCCAGAGACGAAAAUGGUGAAAAUCGGAGUUAACGGAUUUGGCCGCAUUGGCCGUCUGGUCUGCAGGGCUUCAUUUAACUCUGGAAAAGUUGAGGUUGUGGCCAUCAAUGACCCUUUCAUUGAUCUGAACUACAUGGUCUACAUGUUCAAGUAUGACUCCACUCACGGCCGUUUCCAUGGUGAGGUGAAGGCUGAAAAUGGGAAACUUGUGAUCAAUGGACAUGCCAUCACUGUCUUCCAGGAGCGUGACCCUGCCAACAUAAAGUGGGGCGAUGCUGGUGCGCAAUACGUUGUUGAAUCCACUGGUGUUUUCACCACCCUAGAAAAGGCCGGCGCUCACUUGAAGGGCGGUGCCAAGCGUGUUGUAAUCUCUGCCCCGUCAGCAGAUGCUCCCAUGUUUGUGAUGGGUGUCAAUCAUCAGAAGUAUGACAACUCUCUGAAAAUCGUCAGCAAUGCUUCUUGCACCACCAACUGCCUGGCACCCCUGGCCAAGGUCAUCAAUGACAACUACGGCAUUGUGGAAGGCCUUAUGACCACAGUCCAUGCUAUCACAGCCACACAGAAGACUGUGGAUGGUCCAUCUGGGAAACUGUGGCGAGAUGGCAGAGGAGCUGCUCAGAACAUCAUCCCAGCAUCCACAGGUGCAGCAAAGGCUGUUGGCAAGGUCAUCCCUGAGCUGAAUGGAAAACUCACAGGGAUGGCUUUCCGCGUCCCAACUCCCAAUGUUUCUGUCGUGGACUUAACAUGCCGCUUGGAGAAACCAGCCAAGUAUGAUGACAUUAAGAAGGCUGUGAAGGCAGCCUCCGAAGGCCCCAUGAAGGGUAUCCUGGGAUACACCGAGGACCAGGUUGUCUCCUGUGACUUCAAUGGUGAUACCCACUCCUCCAUCUUUGAUGCUGCUGCUGGCAUUGCUCUCAACGACCACUUUGUGAAGCUGGUCUCCUGGUACGACAAUGAAUAUGGAUACAGCAACCGCGUGGUAGACUUGUUGGUUCACAUGGCAUCAAAGGAGUAAAGGCAGAGUUCCAUUAAUUUUCUUACAACUCGGCUCUGUGUCUUGCAGUAAGAGGCCUUCUCUUGUUCCACCUGCCUCUGAGGAAGUGGAGAGGCUGGAAGAAACUUGACUGUUUCAGUAACAUCUCCCCUCUCAAUAAAGUCAUCACUGUCUCAAA